CUUUAAAAAAGAAAACAAUUUCUUUCCAAGAAAUCUACGCUGGGGUCAACACAAGGCCGCUGGGUCCCUCUCCUCCCACACCAGGGAUCCUCUGAGCCCGCAGCCCAGCGGCUCCCGGGGCGGGGGGCAGCGCCCCUCUCCUGAGGGUCGUCCGCGGAGCCCGGCGAAGCCCCGCCCCAAGCUCACGCCCGUGCGUGGCGCCCUGGGCCGGGACCCCCGGCCGACGCCAUCUCGCGUCCUGGCAGGAGCGGAGCCGCAGGAGCCGGCGGAGCUGCUGCCCGGACUCAAGAUGGCGGCGCCGGCGGGCGGGACGACUGACGCGGGCGCGAGGAGGAGCGCGACCAUGGCGGCGGCCGGGCGGCGGCGGCGGGAGGACACGGGCGAGGAAGAAGAGGCCGAGCAGUUGGUGCUGGUGGAAUUGUCGGGAAUUAUGGAUUCAGACUUUCUCUCCAAGUGUGAAAAUAAAUGCAAGAUUUUGGGAAUUGAUUCAGAGAGGCCCAUUCUGCAAGUGGACCGCUAUGUCUUUGCUGGGGAGUAUGAAGACACUCUUGGGACCUGUGUUAUAUUUGAAGAAAAUGUGGAAAACGUGGAUGCAGAUGGCAGUAACAGAACAGUGCUGAAAUACAAAUGCCACACCAUGAAGAAGCUCAGCAUGACAAGAACUCUGCUGACCGAAAAGAAGGAAGGGGAAGAAAACAUAGGUGGAGUGGAAUGGCUGCAAAUCAAGGAUAAUGAUUUCUCCUAUAGACCCAACAUGAUCUGUAGCUUUCUGCAUGAGAACGAAGAUGAGGAAGUCGCAGCUCCAGCCCCAGAGAAACCUCUGGAGUUGGAAGAGCAAGAGAUCCAAAUGAAAGACACUUCAAACCUGAGUUAUGAACAGGAGAAACCACAGCACUUGGAGAUAGGGAAUUCUGGUCCUCCUGCUGAUACCUCUUCUGAGAAAGAAAGUUCCCAAGUUUCCUUGGGAACUCAAGACGCUGCCUUAGAAACCACCCCUAGAUGAAUUGUUUCUUAUAACUAGUCAUGAACUUUCUAAGUGUAAAAUAAUUGGUUGUGCACCUUUCAUUUGUUCACUACUGUAUUGUUUGUGUUGGCUGUGUACAUAUUUCCUGCCAAAGCAUGGCUUUAUGUACCAGAAUCAUUCAGAACUGGACAUGGAUUAAAUUUUUUUUUUAAA